AUGGCCUCCCAUCGUCUCCUCCGCUUUCAGCUCGUGCUGCUGCGGCUUGUUUUUACUAUGAGACAGUUGAGCCGGGGUAACCCUUUCGUUCCCAGACUCCCCGAUUCCUUGGGACGGGGAUCCGGCGCUCUUCCGCGAUAUGGAAACACGGAACCCGCGGCGUCACUUUUACUGGACGAGGUGUUGGUGGAGGGGAGGAGGGAGUGGUGCAAGGGGUGUGGCCUCUGCAUCAUCUCCCCUGAGGAUGCCGCUUCUUCUUUCAUCGUACAGUCACAGCAACUUCAUGUCUACAUGCUCAUGCUCAAGGAGGGUUACCUGCUGGUGGUGACAACAGUAGCCCACCGCUGCGAGGGCUCCUGCGCCACCAGCCUAGCCCGGGGACGCAGAUCGCUCGGAGGACACCUGAGGGGCCACCGCCAGCGGGAGGCGAGCCCCCAAGCCCCCGGGAGAGCCCUCUACUUCUCCGGCCGGGGGGACCAGCUGCGGCUCAACUGCAGCAGCCCGCUGCCCAGGGACGCCUUCACCUUAGAAGUUUGGCUCAGAGCCGAGGGAGGACAGACGUCCCCGGCAGUAAUCGCAGGACUUUAUGACAAAUGUACUUACACUUCUCACGAUCGUGGAUGGGUCCUCGGAAUUGAGGCCAUGAGCGACCAGGGUACAAGAGAUCCUCGCUAUUUCUUCUCCUUAAAGACAGAUCGUGCUAGAAAUUGGACCACCAUAACUGCUAAUCGCAACUACCUCCCGAACCAGUGGGUCCACCUAGCCGUCACCUACAGUGGCCGUACAAUCAAACUUUACGUCAACGGGGCACAAGUGGCAACCAGUAGCAAGCAAGUGGGUUCCAUCUUCAGCGCCUUCACGAGAAAAUGUAAAGCCCUCAUGGUGGGUGGCAAUGCACUCAACCAGAAUUACAGAGGCUACAUGGAACAGUUCAGGCUCUGGAACACGGCUCGGACGCAGAAGGAAAUAUUACUAGGCAUGGGUCAGACAUUGCAUGGACUGAGUAAUCCUCUACCUCAACUUGUUCUUCAGGAUAGCUUUGACAAUGUGAAAAACAUCUGGUCUCCCAUGAAAGACGGAAAGCUCCCGCGAGUGGAACCCAUCAACCUCCACGUGUCGGCGCUGGAUACAAACCUGGACCUGCCCCAGUGCGGGCAAACCCUUUGCGACAACGUGCAGGUCAUUUCCAACUACAACAACGUCGCGGGCUUCCGCCAGACCAGGGUCGUGCGUUACACGGUGGUCAACGUGUUUGACGACAACCACGAGAACCCGACGGUCACCAAAGAACAAAUCGAGCUCCAGCAUAAGAAAUUGACCGAGGCGUUCGGUCCGUACAACAUCACCUGGGAACUGGAUGUGUUAGAGAGGAACGACUCCUUCCUACGGCAGCGGCUCGUCCUCACUAACUGCGACAUCACCAAGAUCGGAAGCGCCGAGUGCGAUCCCGAAUGUAACCAUAAACUCACGGGCUACGACGGCGGGGAUUGUCGUGGACGCAGCACUUGCCUGUACUCCAGCAGGAAGGAAAACAGCGUGUGCGACAUGGAUUGCAAUAUCGAGGAGUUGGAUUACGAUGGCGGGGCUUGCUGCAAUCCAAAUGUCACCGAUGUCACCAAGACUUGCUUUGAUCCCAAAUCACCGUACAGGGCUUACUUAGAUCUAAAUGAACUGAAACAUCGUCUCAAUGUGACUGGUUCAACGCAGCUCAACAUAUUUUUUGCCAAUUCAUCGGAAGAGGAGCUGGCCGGGUUGGCCACCUGGCCUUGGGACAAAGAGGUCCUCACAGAUCUCGGUGGAAUCGUCAUGAACCCAUCUUUUUUCGGAGUCCCUGGCCAUACUCAUACCAUGAUCCAUGAAAUUGGGCACAGCCUGGGACUGUACCAUAUCUUCCGUGGCAUCUCAGAAAUUCUAUCCUGCAGCGACCCGUGCAUGGAGACGGAUCCUUCCUACGAAACAGGGGAUCUGUGCAGUGACACCAACCCAUCCCCUAAGCAUAAGAGUUGUGGAGAUCCUCUGCCCGGACCCGGGAACGAGACUUGUGGCUUUCAAAAGUUUGUCAAUACUCCGUAUAAUAACUACAUGAGCUAUGCAGAUGAUGACUGCACUGAUUCCUUCACUCCCAAUCAAGUUGCCAGAAUGCACUGCUAUCUAGACCUAGUAUACCAAGACUGGCAGCCCUUCUCCAAACCUCCACCGGUAGCAAUUGCUCCACAGAUUAUUGAGCACACCUUUACCUCAGUCACCCUGGAGUGGUUUCCACCAAUUGAUGGAUACAUCUUUGAAAGAGAUUUGGGAUCAGCCUGUCAUUUGUGUGUCGAGAAAAGGCACUUGGUCCAGUACGCUUCCAAUGCAUCUUCCCCAGUGCCAUGCAGCCCCUCUGGGCAUUGGAGUCCAAGGGAGGCUGAAGGACGCCCGGACGUGGAACAGCCAUGUGAAACAAGUGUCCGUACAUGGAGUCCUGGAGCCAACGACAACUCUGUCCCUCCUGCCUGCACUGAAUCUCUUGGAUGCUAUCUGCAGCUGGAGUUUUUAUAUCCGGUGAUCCCGCAAACCCUUACAAUCUGGGUGACCUUUAUUACUACAGAAUCUGACACAAAUGGAGCUGAGGUGGAUGUCCGAAUCCUCCUAGUCAAUGGGGAGAUUUUGCACUUGGGACCUCAGAACAUCUUCUGUGACGUUCCACUAACAAUUAAGCUGGAUUACAUUACGGUAGAGAUGUAUGGUAUCCAGAUCCACACCAAGGACAACCAAAUGGAGAUUGAUGCAGCUAUGAUCACUUCAGUGCCUAACUGUCCUCUGUGUGCCAACUGCAAGCCCAUUCAUUACAAGGUUCUUCGAGACCCACCUUUUGAAGAGGCCUCACAGUCUAAGAUCUCUAGUCACCACAGGCGAUUUAUAGACACAUCUAUAAGGCUUGGAAGUGUGUACAGAUACCAGAUUGUGACAAUGACAUCUAAAGGAGAGAGUGCGCCAUCUCCAGAGCUGACUUUCCGUCAUGGCAGCGGGUACUGCGGGGAUGGAAUAAUCCAAAAGGACUUGGGUGAAGAGUGCGAUGACAAGAACAAGAUCAAUGGUGACGGCUGCUCUCUAUUUUGUCAUCAGGAGGCAUUUUUUCAUUGCAUGGAUGAACCCAGCAGGUGCUAUUUCCACGACGGCGAUGGAGUCUGUGAAGAAUUUGAGAGGAUGACGAGCAUUAAAGACUGCGGGGUCUACACUCCGAAUGGAUUUGCCGACCAGUGGGCCUCAAAUGUUACAGUGUCACAUCAUAGUGAUGCGGAUUGCCCAGGGUGGGUGGUCAUUGGCCAGCCUGCAGCUACCGAGGUUUGCCAAACUAAAGUGAUGAAAUUGAGUAAAACAGUGUCCCAGUAUGCUUGGUAUCCAUGCAAGGCCACGUCAGAUACCACAAAUUACUGGCUAAAGGCCCACUUUUCCCAACAUGUUGUUGUUGCUGCCGUGGUGGUUCACUUGGUAACUGAUGGGACAUCUUAUAGUUAUCCGAAGCCAGAGACCAUCAGCGUUCAGCUUAUUGAUGUCAAGGAACAGAUGCACGACCUUGGGGUUCAUAUUCUCAGCUGCAGAAACAACCCGUUGGUGAUCCCUGUGAUGCAUGACCUCAGUCGUCCUUUCUACCACAGCAAAGCCGUCUUCAUAAGCUUUACUUCUAACUUGGUGGCCAUCUCCGGAGUGGCUCUCAGAUCUUUUCAUGACUUUGACCCAAUCAGAAUUAACAGUUGCCAAAGGGGAGAGAUUUAUAGCGUGGCCGAGCAGAGUUGCGUUCAUUACUCUUGCGAGGAGACGGACUGUCAAGCAUUGGUGCUGGGAAAUGCUACCGUGAACUGCUCAAGCGGUCACUACAACGGGGCUCACUGCGAGGUGGAGUGUCACACUGGCUAUAGGCUACAGAUACACAGAAGCAAAGACCUUCUGAGAAAUAAGCUUGAUUCCAAAAUCAUAACAACAUGUACAAAUGGGAAGUGGAACAAACAGGUAUCGUGUGAACCCAUUGACUGUGGCCCGCCGGAUACGAAUCACAUCUACCAUGCAAUAUUUUAUUGUCCUCAUGGAACCACCUACGGAAAGAAUUGUACGUUUCAGUGUCAAGACUCUGCAAAACGGAGAGGUGACAAUACCCUGCUAACCUGCAUGGAAGACGGCCUGUGGUCCUUUCCUGAGGCCAUCUGCGAGCUGAUGUGUAGUGCGCCUCCCCCAAUAGUCAACGCUGUUCUGCAGACCUCCCGCUGCCGAUCUAAGGAACACAAGGUGGGCUCGUCCUGCAAGUAUAAAUGCAAGGUGGGACACCACGUGCCCAACGCCUCUAAGAAGAUAAGGAAGAAGGCAUUCAAAAUUCAGUGCACUAAAGAUGGGGCCUGGCAGGAAGGUGUUUGCAUCCCGGUCACGUGUGAACCGCCUCCUAUUAAGUUCAUAGGGCUCUAUCAGUGCACGGAUGGGUUCCGGUACAACAGCGAAUGUAGACUCUUGUGUGAAGAAAACAGCACCCAGCUGGACCUCGCGCGUGAUACCGUACGCUGUCAAAAGGAUGGAAGUUGGAGCAGCAGUUUCCAUCUUUGUAACUCCAUCAAGGGCCCGUGUGAACCUCCCCAUCUUUCCAUCAAAGACUCCUUGGUGAUUGACUGUGGACAAGGAUAUGAAAUAGGUGCCGAAUGCAAUGUUACCUGUUUGGAUGAUGAAAAAAAGGAAGUGGUGAUAAUGCCAUACAACGUCACAGAAAGGAAUUUGGAGCACUGGAUGAAUCCAACCAGAGUUCAGAGUAUUAUCUGCACGGGAAGACGUCAGUGGUAUCCUCCUCCGCAGGAGCUUCGUUGUAUUAAGAGAUGUGAGCCUUUCAUUGCUGAUAAUUAUUGCGAUGGUGGGAACAACUGGGCUUUUUGUGACUACGAUGGAGGUGAUUGCUGCGCUUCAACGGUUAAAACGAAAAUGGUGAUCCCAUUCCCGGCAGGGUGCGAUGUGCAGGAGAAGUGUGCAUGCAGGGACCCCAAUGCAAAGGAGAAUGCAAAGGGGAACAAUCCAAAAACCCAAAGGUCCCGCCAUGGAUAGCGCCGCACACGUCUGGAACAACCACAACAAAAGGCAGACUGGAAAAACAUGAACGCGUUCCUUCUGGUUUUUUUGUUUCGUUUUUUUUUUUUUUACAUUUGCCAUUGAACUGGAU